GCGCGUUCAGCUGUCAGAUAGUGGAGAGAGACACAGAGCGCGAGAGCGAGAGAGAGAGAGAACACACACCCCUGGUCGCUUCCUCCGUCCAUAUCAAACCCUCCUGACUUCACCGCUCCACCGGCCGGGCAGCUGCUGGGCUGGACCCCACCCCCCCACUUCCACUCUCAAACUUCACCUCCAGAAUAAAAAAACACGCGCGCGCCACCUUUCCUCCGGAGCUGCCAAAAGUAGAAGACAGACUGAGAGAGAGACAGGGGAGCGACAUGGCCACGACAACCUGCACGAGAUUCACGGACGAGUACCAGCUGUACGAGGAGCUGGGGAAGGGAGCCUUUUCAGUGGUGCGCAGAUGUGUGAAGCUGUGCACAGGACAGGAGUAUGCUGCCAAAAUAAUCAACACCAAAAAGUUAUCUGCAAGAGAUCAUCAGAAGCUGGAGCGAGAGGCUCGAAUUUGUCGCCUUCUGAAACACCCCAACAUUGUUCGUCUUCAUGACAGUAUAUCAGAGGAGGGCUUCCACUACCUCCUGUUUGACUUGGUGACCGGGGGUGAACUGUUCGAGGACAUUGUUGCCAGAGAGUAUUACAGCGAGGCCGACGCCAGUCAUUGCAUCCAGCAGAUCCUGGAGGCGGUGCUUCACUGCCAUCAAAUGGGUGUGGUGCACCGGGACCUGAAGCCAGAGAACCUGCUCCUUGCAAGCAAAUGUAAGAACGCCGCAGUGAAGCUGGCCGACUUUGGCCUCGCCAUCGAGGUGCAGGGGGAUCAGCAGGCCUGGUUUGGAUUUGCUGGCACACCGGGGUACCUGUCCCCUGAGGUACUGAGGAAGGAGGCAUAUGGCAAACCUGUGGACAUCUGGGCCUGUGGGGUGAUCCUCUACAUCCUGCUGGUGGGCUACCCUCCUUUCUGGGAUGAGGACCAGCACAAGCUGUACCAGCAGAUCAAAGCCGGGGCUUACGAUUUCCCGUCCCCAGAGUGGGACACAGUCACCCCAGAAGCCAAGAACCUUAUCAACCAGAUGCUGACCAUCAACCCAGCCAAGAGGAUCACUGCUCAGGAGGCCCUCAAGCACCCAUGGGUCUGCCAACGGUCCACAGUGGCGUCUAUGAUGCACAGACAGGAGACCGUGGAGUGCCUGAAGAAAUUCAAUGCCAGGAGGAAACUCAAGGGCGCCAUUCUUACUACCAUGCUGGUUUCACGAAACUUCUCUGCAGCUAAGAGCUUGCUCAACAAAAAGGCAGAUGUUAAGAAACGCAAGUCCAGCUCUACUGUCCAGUACAUGCCCCAGACAAACAGCACCAAAAACAGCAUAGUCACCAGCCCCAAAGGAAACAUCCCUUCACCUGCUCUGGAAUCUUCGGACAGCAGCAACACCACUGUGGAGGAUGAGGAUGUGAAAGGAAAGAGCUUAGACAACAACAGCUCGCUUAAGGCGCAGUCCAGCACAAGCUCCCAGCCUGAUAGCUCUCAGGGCCCUUCACCUGCUGCCUAUUCCGCGACAAAGUUUGCUGACCUGCUGGGCUCAGUGCGUAGGGGCUCAGGGCCCACGGCCGACUGUGAGGGGAGAUCCAGCACCCCGCCUCCUGCUGUCCUUUCUACCCCCUCCACUACUCACACCCCUGUUGUCCCCAUGCAGAUGUCACGGCUCACAGACCUGGUAAGCAGUGUUCGCAGGGCGCCGGCUCCCCCUGCGCCCGAGGUUGACGCGACACCGGCGCCAGUACCGAUAUCAAGUGCCAGGCCCACCCCUGCACCCGCACACGCCACCUCCCCUCCUCCCCCUCACUCCCCCUCCAGCCCGUCCCUGUCUUCCUCCCAGACACGCAAGCAAGAAAUCAUCAAGAUCACUGAGCAGCUGAUAGAGGCUAUCAACAAUGGAGACUUUGAGGCUUACGCUAAGAUCUGCGACCCUGGACUGACUUCGUUUGAGCCUGAGGCGCUGGGUAACCUGGUGGAGGGGAUGGACUUCCACAGAUUCUACUUUGAGAACCUUUUGGCUAAGAACAGCAAGCCCAUCCACACCACCAUCCUGAACCCCCACGUCCACCUGAUCGGCGAGGACGCCGCCUGCAUCGCUUACAUCCGCCUGACCCAGUAUGUCGACGGCCAGGGUCGGCCGCGGUCCAGCCAGUCAGAGGAGACUCGAGUGUGGCAUCGCAGGGACAGCAAGUGGCAGAACAUCCACUUCCACUGCUCAGGCGCACCAGCUGCGCCUCUACAGUGAGGGUUGAAUGCUGAAGUUUCGUCUGUGAGGAGUGCUCUGCCGGAGAGAGUGGAAGAAGAGGACCAGGAGGAAGGGAGGACAGAACAUGUCUGGUAUCACUUUAGGGACGGGGCUGCUCACCCUUCAACAACAAACCCUCCCUCACUGGACGCCCUGACUCCACCCCACAAAGCAUGCGUCUCUUCUUUUACUACUACUACUACUGCCCCCUGUCUGUCGGCCGCCCUACCACCAUCAAACAACAGCAGCUGGAUGUCUCAACUGCUCCACAACCUUCACUCUUCCUCUUCUUCCUCUGGCUCUCUGGCUCACUGGUGGGGGUUGGGGCGGGGUGGGGGGUGUUUUCAGCACUCGGUGUGAUUCCUUCUUCCUGUGGUCCGUCCCCCAUGAUUAUUUUGUGAAAUCAACCCUCUUGUCCUCCUGUGAAUUCACACUUAUGUGACAAAAGCACUGCACUGGAAAUACAGUAUGUAAAGUUUUAAGUCGAAUCUACUACUAUCAUUACUAUAUUAUUAUUAUUAUCAUGAAUAUUAUUAUUAUGAUCAUUAUUAUUACACAUUUGCAAUUGUAUAUGUCAUUUGUAUAAUUGGAAAUUCUUGAUGCCAGUGGUUUCUAGAGUUCAAGGAUUUUUUUUUUCUCUAUCUUUUUAAGGAAGCAUGUUUUUCCCAUAUUAACAGUAGUUGUUUUUUUUAUUGUGGCUUUAAGUGCAAAGAUGAUAUUGGCAGUUUUGUAAUGUGCUUUCUGUACGUUAGCUUUAAUAUUGCGCCCAAGCUCAUCGUCAACAACUUUGUUUGUUUGUUUGCUUCGGCUUAUUUAUUUAUUUUUUAAUCUAAUAUUUUUGUGUGUGUGUGUUAACGUCGAAAGUGAGUCCUUGUGUGUGUGUGUGAGUGGUUGUGACAGCCAGACAUGUACGUAACAUAAUGACUCUGAACAGUCGGAGGAGCCUUUUUUUGUUUUUCCAUCAGGGGUUGAGUUUGUCUGAACUCCACAUCUUCCUGCAUUGAAACCUUUUCAAACAUUUCAAACAAAGAAAACAGAAAACACAUGCGACUUGAGUUUUACAGUGAAAUUAACUUUUCCACAUUUCAGUUCAUCACUCUAAUUGUAGAAGAGCCUCCACUCCUGCACUCUGGAUUACACACUCUGCAUAAUCAGGUCGUGUUAGAGAUGCACAAGAAGAAGAAAAGCACCAUAGAGGUGCUGACACCCUGCUGGGACUUAGUAUCACAUCAAUAAAUAAGAGGACGUUUUAUUUCAUCUGGAACAUAAAGACACAUUUGAGAAUCACAUUAACAAUCUUUCAUUUCUGAUUGAUUUGUUCUUGCUUCUAGCAUUGCGCCUAAAUGUUAGACUGUCAUCUCCACAUCUAGACUUUAUUCUCUGGAUGCGCAUUUAACGAAAGUCCUCUCUACAGUUGAGUACACUCAGGUUUAUGUGGAGAACAUUUCAAAAACUUGCAGCGCUCUUCAGAAGACAGAGUCAGUGUGAACUCUUGGAGGCAUCAUCGUAGCUCUUGAAUGAAAUCACAGGCCUUUAAAGGCUGCGUUUAUACACGUCACAGUUUUCCUUCAAAGGGGACUAAGACUCAUAUUUACUCCUGGACUCUUUCAGGUUUGACCAUAGACUGUAUAAAAUAUGGACGUAGUAUCCGUGACGUCACCCAUCUGUUCCUGAGCGCUGUUUUGAAGCCAAUCAACGGCGGCAGCCAUAUUGGAAAUGCGGAACUCAACCAGGCGUUUGGAGUUUCAGCCUCUCAGCCAAUAGCUAUGUGUUCCCGUCCGGGAGUCAAGUCAGUCAUGUCCUUAUUUGGGCAAAAACUCUUAAUCUUAAUAUCUUCUGAACUGUUGUGUUAGAAAAAAAAUCACCCCCCGUACAGUGUGUUUUACACUGUUUUAUGAUCCAGGCUGUAAACAUGUUUAAUAAUGCUGCAAAGAUCGUCUUUUUCCCAUUCAUGUCUAUGUGGUUUCAGGUGUUUCUGCAGCCAGCCUAAAGCGGAUUCUCGAUGAACUGCAGUUUAUAACACUUCCGCAUUGGGCUUCAUAGUUUGAGACCGGAGGUUGCUGCUUGGGUUUGACUACAAUGAGAAAGUAUUUAAAAAUGACUAAUUAGAAAUAGUCAAAUCCAAGAUCCGGCUGUAGAAUUAGGAGUAAAGUUUGCACCAAUCAGAUCUACGUGAAUCUAAUAACAUGCAGCACAUCAUCUAUGAGAAUGAUUAAUGCAGACUUACAUUAAGACUUUACAAAACAUUUUUCUGCUCAUUAAGUCAUAAAAGGGGAAAAACAUCAAAAUAUGUAUUUUUUUUUCUUUUAUAAGUUUCAUGAAACCUUUGAGAGAGGCUUCUAUUUGUUAUAAAAUAGUUCAAUAUGUCGUAAUAAGUUAAAUCUGUUAGCGCUCCAUCAAAAAAUCUUACUUCAUUAUUAUUGUUAUUUUUAAUUUUUUUGAAUUGAAGCACUAUUUUGUGGUAAUUAACAUAAAUACAAAUAUUACAAACCAUCACAAUCUGAGUGAAGGGCUGAACAGCUCAUCCUUGAACUCUUUUCACAGGCAGCCUGUGGUUUUGUUUUUAUGUUCGAUUAGUGGCGUUAAAGAGAUGCUCCAAUCAGGGAGCACUGUGGCGGCUCCAGCAAAAAAACAAAACAAAAGGUGAAAUGUUAAACUUGUUAAAAUCGUGUUUGUUUUUGGAACAGCGGGUCAUUUAUUUGAAGUCGAUGCCAUCAGUCAGGCUUGUAUCAGAGUGAUGAGCGUGUGUGUGGGCCUCUCUGUUCUGUGCUGUUCAGGUGGUCCUUUUCUAUGGGGUGCAAUAUGUGUGUGUGUGUGUUUGUGUGCAAGCAUGUACAGUACAUCCAUUGCUCUUCUUUCCUUUUUUUUUUUUUUGAGGUGUGUGUUGUGUGAGAGGUGAACGGAGGAGGCUUUAUUUCAGAGGACAUAUCAGUCCCCUGCCUUCAGCCCAGGAUUUGAUUUUCUUCUGAUUUGAUUUCGUUUCUCUUCUUUUGAUUUCAUGUGUUAUCAGCUUCUUAUGACCCAAAGUGCUCGUGCCAGGGGCUGGCAGGAUAAAUCCGAUGGACUUUGCAGCACUGAAAACUGUUUUUUUUUUUUCUACGGGGGGUUUGACUUGCAGUCUGCUCCUCUGUGUUUUGCUCUUGCACCAUUGGCUGCCUUCACAUUUGUCUCUCCCUUAUUGGUCAGACCAAGAUAUGACGAGAGCGGGCAGUCGGUUUGGUGAAAAGUCCUCAGGUUUCUAUUUAUUUGGAAUAUUUAUUUAUUUAUUUGAGUGGAUAUUUUAUUGUGCUUUGUUUUCAUGUUUUAAUAUUGUACAGCUCAUGCACUUGUGCGAGUACUGUCUGUUGUUUUGAGGGGACACUGCUCCAUGUAAAACAUCUUUUUAAAGGGAUAGUACGUCCAUUUUGCAUCCUGCAUGUGUUUUUCUGCAACGACCAACAUGGUGUGAAUUUCUGUUUUCUGCUUUUUUCCUUCUAUGACUUUAGAUUGAAGCCAUUUUCUGACAUGAUUUGUUUUAUUGUGUCCACUCUUCUAUUUCCCCUUGAGUUAAAGGUCACAGAAUCAGGAUUGUAUUUUAUGUGAACUGUCCCUCCAAAAGAGCUUUUUCUUUUUCAGCUGAUCACAGUUUGUUGAACACAUUUUUCAAGAUGAACCUCUGAGUCUUUGUUCUGUACUCAUGUCUGAUCCAGUACCAGUGUUAAUGCUUAGUUGACCCUGUUUUAUAGGAAAAGGUCAAAGGUUACAUAAAGGCGUUCCUGUGUGACCGUGCUAACCAGCGUCCUCUGAAAACAGAAGAAAUAGCAGCAUGUCCAAAAGUGUUGUUCCUCUGUUCUUCUUCGUGUGUUUUGGAGCCUUGAGAGUCGAUAUAAUAAGAUUCACAUAUUUCAAGUGAGGGAGUUCACAGUAUUACACAACUGCAGCUAACUAGCAGCGUAGCUGGCGUUUUCUUUGCAUGACAGUCAACGGGACACUUGUUUGUUGUUGUUUUCCUUUGGAUUUGUUUUCUCAUUUUCUACUGAAUGCCGUUUUACUCCACCUUUCUCCGUCUGUUUUCUCUGCUUUUAAAGUGCAUACAGCUAUUUUUGUCUCAAGAUGAUGUGAUGAAGAUGAUGAUAGUGAUCAGGAUGAAGAUAUUAAAGACUGUGGCACUAUGAGGAUGGUGACAGUGAUCAUGAUGAUGAUGAUGAAGGUUGAUGUGCAUGCUUUUCUGCAGAGCUCUGUGUUGUCAGUGCAGAACAGCUGGAGCGCUCGUUGACCAUCAGCCCAGAGAGUGAACUGGUGCUUCUCUCAGCCUGCAUGUCACUCUGAGGAACAGCACCUGAGCUCCAGCAGGGGGCGCACUCAUACAGAGGAACACACACACACACACACACACUCAGAUGGAUGGCAGUGUGAUGCUUCAAAUGUGGCUGCACAAUAAACUGAGUGCAGAAUCAAAGGUGACAGACAGUCCAGUCAGAGAUAACUGCAGCUUUUUAAGUGUAGAAGAAGAAAACACUUCCCUUUAUAGAAACAUUUGACUUCUUAACAAAAUCAAAUCCACCAACACGGCUCACAAAUCCUGAUCCUGUGAGACUGAUGGAAGCUGAAAUCCUGUCUGAAAAUGAAUCAUUGAUCAGCUCCACAUAUAAACUACAAUCAGUGUCCUUCUCUGCUGCCUUCCUGUCAGUGAUUUAGUCUGAUGAAGUGUUACUGAGAUCAUCUGGAGCUGCUGCUGCUGUGUUCACUCUGAACCUCGGCCAUCCUCUUUCUUCACACACUGACUAAGCUGCACUGACAACACUGAGCUGGCUUCUCUUGGUAGGCUGUCUUUCUCUCUUCCUCCCAUUAUUCCCUCUGUUUCCAACCUGAUUCAGUGGUUUCUCUGCAGUCUCUCACCUCUUUCUAGUUCCCCCUCGUCUCUUUUUGUCACUUUGGCUUUCUUCUGUAGAAUAAUAUGAAUCCUCUAGCUCUCUGAUUCUUCAGAUUAUUGCUCUGUUCUCUUACGUGCUACACGUGUUUCUCUAACUUCAGAAAAUGUGUUAAGGUGUUCUCAAUAAAAGGAUGCUUUCAA